UAUUAGUUAUGAUUAACAAUAUGGUGUUAAAUAAAAUAUAUAUUAUACAAAUAUGGAACGCUAUUCGUCAUUAAAACCACCACCCAAUUUUCGAAUAUUGCGUCCUUCUUUAACAUCUAUAUCAUCUAGUAGUGGAAUAUUAACACCUGGUGAAUUAAUAAAAAUACGUGAAAGACAAAGUAGAAAAUAUAUGCGAUGUCUUGUCAUUUUCUUUGGAAUCAUAACAUUUUUAUUUCUUCUAUAUAUACCAGCAUAUCAUCAAGUACAAAAUCGGGUCGAUAUGAGAAAUGCUGGUAUUCCUGGCUGGGAUUACAAUACAUCGAGAGAAGUACGAACAUAUGUACUUCCUGAUAAUACAACAUCGAUACAUGAAGCAUUAAAUCUAUGCCAGUGUAGUGAUGAUGAUACGACCGAAGUAGUUAUACCGGCUGGUCCGGAUCGUAAACCAAUAGAAUUAUUAAUUAUUGUAUCUUCGGCUGUUGGUAAUUUUGAAGAAAGGAAUUCAAUACGAAAAUCAUGGGCUAGUGAAUACAAUGCAACUAAUCAUAAUAGUACUGUACGAAUUGGAUUUUUAUUGGGAUUACCUGAAAAUAAUACAUUACAAGCUAAAGUAGAUGAAGAAAGCAAUUACCAUAAGGAUAUUAUUCAGGAACAUUUUAUUGAUUCAUAUAAUAAUUUAACAUUAAAAUCAGUAAUGAUGUUAAAAUGGGUGAGUUCACAUUGUUUAUCACGUAUAAAAUAUUUAAUGAAAACGGAUGACGACAUGUAUGUGAAUGUACCAAAUUUAAUAAAAUUAUUAAAUGCUAGAAUUAAUCCUAGAGGAAUGUUAAUUGGUUCAUUAAUAUGUGGUGCACGUCCUAUAGCUGACACCAAAAAUAAAUGGUAUUCACCGAAAUUUAUGUAUUCAGGACGAGUGUAUCCCAAUUAUUUAUCAGGUACUGGUUAUGUUAUGUCAGCAGACGUUGUUACAAGAUUGUAUAAAGCCGCAUUAAAAACACCAUUGCUACAUUUAGAAGAUGUUUACAUUACAGGUUUGUGUGCACAUCAAGCUCAUAUUACACCACGAAGUAAUCCAGCAUUCGCCUAUGAAAUACGUAAAUUUGAUCCAUGUAUAUAUAAAAAUAUCGUCACCUCACAUAAAGUAUCACCAGAGAAUUUAAGUAAAAUGUAUAUAAUGUUAAAAAAUCAAACCGAUUUAGAAAUAAAAUGUCAUCUACAACAUCAAGCUGAAUUAAUAACAUCAGCGACAUCAUCACCACAAUUACCAGUUGCACGUGUGAUGGAAUCAUUUGCACAAAAAUUAAGAAAUUCAAAACGUAGUCGAAUUGUUGUUGGCGCAAAGAGUAAAAAUAAUUUAAUUCUCGAAAUACAUAAAUUGGAUCGAACAUGAACAUAUUUUACGUAAGUAUAAAAUGUUUCAUAUUUAUAUAAGUAGUGAUUUUUUAAAAGAAAAAAUUCACUUGUGAAUAUUUGGACCAGAUCUCACCUUUUUGUUUUUGUAUUAAAAUUGAUUUUAUGUAGUGUGGCCAUUUUAAAAGAAGUGAUUUAGUUUUAGAAUGAAAAUAGGUAAUUUUCAUACGACAUCGAAAAGGUUUCAGUUGUUUACACUUUUUUUUUUAGACUGUUUAAUUAACCGGGGUAUAUCUCUUUUUAUUCAUUAAGUACCACCGUAGAUCGAAGAUUUUUUAUCGGCAUAAUGUAAAUCGAAAAAACGUGUGCACUUUGAUAUACCUGCACGAUUAUCCAACUAUCGGCCGACUAUUAUUAUUAUUAUUAUAGGAUCGCUGUUAUUCUCAUUUUUUAAUUUUUAUGUAAAAAUAAAGAUGUUGUAUGAGUAAAGAAGACUGUAGGAUUUCUAUAUUUUUAACGAAUUAAAAGGAAU